CCCAUGUUUUGAGGGUACCAGACUGUGUUUGAAUGCCCCGUGAAGCUGCUAUCUCAACCGUGGAAAGCUACCAAAUGGACACUCGGUCUCGAAGUACUUUGGGGCGAGGACUAGACGAGGAGGGGGAGUCGGAUGGAGGAACACUAGUUUGGGAGAGUGCACCCUUGACAGAGCCUGUUAGUAGCGACAAAGACCAGACUCGCAACCUCAGGCUUAAGCUAGGAAUUUCCUUCUUUCUAUUCGGCCUCAUCAAUAACGUGCUGUAUGUUAUCAUACUCUCUGCUGCCUUGGACCUCGUGCCGCCGUCCACCCCCAAGGGCAUAAUAGCAUUUUGUAACAUCUUCCCAGCUCUCAUAGCGAAGGUCGGUUGGCCAUAUGUAUUGAAGGGCCAGAUACGCUAUGCCAGACGCUUAGUUGGCUGCUGUUUGCUCAGCGUACUGGGGAUGGUGGUGGUUGCCUUAUUCGAUAGUCUAUUCAUGAGGCUCCUCGGUAUCUCGUUAGCUUCGUUCUCCUCUGGGUUGGGAGAACUGACUUUCCUGCAGCUGUCCACGACAUACCCUUCUGGGGUCGCCGGACAUGGCAUUGGGUAUUUCGCCUCCGGGACUGGAGCGGCAGGUCUUGUGGGCGCCCUCAUUUGGUGGGAGGUCCGCGGUCUCGGUGUCCGGACAGGUGUCGGCUUAUCAGCUGUGAUGCCAUUCAUUAUUCCCAUCACUUAUUUCUUCCUUCUACCGCGGCGCGGGGUCUUUACUGGUACCGCCGAAGUCGCGUCCUCCCCAGCACUAUACGUGCCUCUUCCCGACAGCGACGUCACUACUGAAGAAGAAGAAGAAGAUAGGGUGGCCGUUCCCGGCGAGGCGAUAAUCGUAGCGCUCUCCCUCGACGAUAAGUGGAGGCUGGUCAAGCCGCUCUUGGUCAACUACAUGCUCCCGCUGUUUUGCGUAUAUACAUUCGAAUACACUAUCAACCAGGGCAUAGCACCGACGUUACUGUAUCCCGUCCCAGAUCCGUCUAGUUACCCCUUGCUCAGCAAGAUAAUCCACUCUAUCCGAGACUAUUAUCCUCUCUGGCAGUUAGUGUACCAGACAACCGUGUUCCUCUCCCGCUCGUCGAUUUCACUCGGCAUCUCUGCUCUCCCGAGAAGGCUCUUGCCACUACCGUCGAUCAUCCAAUUCUUCAUACUUUGUAUUCUAGGUCUGGAAUCCGCGAGAGGCAUCUUCGGGGACUUGGAAGGCAGAAGCGUGUCCUUCGUCUUCGCGCUGAUCAGUCUAGAGGGAAUAUGCGGUGGAAUGGCAUAUGUGAACGUUUAUCAUCAGAUAAACCAAGAAAGAUCCGAUCCCGGGGCAGACCCGGAGCGCGCCAAGCAGGAGAGGGAGUUCAAGAUCGGUUCCGUGGGCUUCGCGGACUCGUUGGGGAUACUGUGCGCCUCGAUAGUGGCAGUACCUACUGAGGUGGAAUUGUGCAAGGCCCAGGUGAGGAGGGGGAAGACUCUGUGCCAGGGUUUAUAG